CCCCCCCCCCCAAGUGCUCCCCUCCCUCCUAGAUCAACAUCCCAAUAGACCGCCGCCAGAAAAUGACCACUAUCGGAUCCCUCCAGCGGCUGUCUGCCACGUCCCUGUCCAAGCUGAUCCUGGCCGAACAGGCCUCGACGGCAGCAGCGGCGGCCGGCACGGAGAACAGCCGCUCCACUUUGGCCAUCAUUGACGUGCGGGAUGACGACUACAUAGGCGGCCACAUCAAGGGUUCCCAGAACGUUCCCUCGCACAAGCUCGACGCCAUGCUUCCUACCCUCGUCCGCCAGCUCCAAGACAAGGAGACGGUCGUCUUCCACUGCGCGCUCUCGCAGCAGCGCGGACCCAGCGCUGCCUUGCGCUACAUUCGCGAGAGGGAUCGUCUGAUGCCGAAGGAGGUGGAGACUAAGCUUGCUGCUACUGUAGAGGAGGCCGUUGGGGCUGAUGGUGAGGGAGAGGUGAAGAAGAAGCAGGGAGAGGAGGAGGAGAAAAAGAAGCCCGUCGACCAAAAGGUGUUUGUGCUGGAUCGUGGGUUUGUGGGGUGGCAGGAGGCUUUUGGGUUGGACGAGAGGUUGACGGAGGGGUAUAGCAAGGAGUUGUGGAGGGAUGGGUACUGGAUGUGAGCGUGAUCUAUGAGAUGGCUGGCUCUUUUGAAUAUUGAGCGAGCAAGCAUGGAGUUGGGAGUACGAGAGGAAGAUAUAGAAGGUUUACUGGUUAGCGAAGCGGGAGUUAAUUGGGUUCAUAGACUUGUUGUCAACAGGAGUGAACUUUGCUGAACAUUCCUCUACCUGAUGAAAGAUCACGGAUGGGGCCUUUGCCGACAGGCCACAAUAGAUUUUUGGCUCUGCGCGGACAACAACACUAUCAGCACUUUAACUGUGAUACAUGUGUAAGGAAAGACCUUUGCCAUUGA